AUGCACUCAACCAGUGACGCAACAACUAUAAAUAUUUACUCUGGUGUUCAAAUCGCCCGACUAAUCGAAAAGGGUCUUGAUGAGAAAAAAAAAUUUGAACGUGAUGCUAAAGAUAAAUGUGACGUCAAAUACGACUCUAAAUGCUUUCGAACGGUUGUGUAUGAUUCAAAGAACGUCACCUUCUACGAUGCCGCACCAACUUGCAAAUCAAUGAACAUAGGAAAACCCGCGAAUAUUUACGACCUCACUCAUUUCCAGCUGUUGCGCGCUCACCUACGUUCAGUAAUCCCUGCACGUAGGCCUCAUAUACUCAUUUGGACAGGAAUGGAGUACAAGAGCAAUCAGCUGUUGCUUUCCAAUGGACGAGCAAUCACUAUAGCGACAGAAGUAUGGCAUGCCAAUAAUUAUCCGAAUUCUCUUGCACGCUACUCAAAUGUAUGUGUUGCUGUCAGAAAAGAUCCAGAGAAUAAAUAUCAGGGAACGAUGAAUCGUCAACCAUCCGACCCAUACAGCGGUGUCAUCUGUGAAGUAUGAAAUUCAGUUCAAAAUGUAACAGAUAAAACUUCGUUGACGAAUUGAAUGAUAUUCAGAGUUGAAUUCUUACUUUUUACUUAUAUUAUUCAUUUACUAUCAUUUAACGUAUAACCCAUGUAUUGAAUCGCCUUAUCUGUUGAAACUUUUUGCUCAGUAAAUCAAAUUCAUGGCUGUCUCAACAUAUGUAAUUUUUGUAUAUAACUAAACGUGAUAAUAAAUAUUGAUU